GGUUCCCCUUGCCCCACAGGUCCUCAGGCCUCCCACGUAGGGCGAUGCCGGCCUCGUCCACCAUCCACGUGCUGCAGCUGCUGCGGGAGCUGCUCGCCUUCGUGCUCCUCAGCUACACAGUGCUCAUCGGGGCGCUGCUGCUGGCCGGCUGGACCACCUACUUCCUGGUGCUGAAGUGA